AGAGAGAUAGAAAGAGAGGCGGAGGUAGAAAAGAGCAAAAGAGCGGACGGACUAUCUCUUUCUUUUCCCUUACACCAACAGUUCAAACCAUUUCCCCAACCGGGACUGCGCGUGGGGAGGAGGUCCGGGACCCCCACACACUCACACACACACACACCCUGUGUGACCGCACUGACUGCAGCGCGCUCUGACUGAGCGGACCGCGGAGAGACCCACGCAGAUCAACACGCAGGUGAACGAUCCACAGAUCAGCCGCAAAGUAAACCAGAGAAAGUGAGAAGGAGGGAGCAGCUGAACAGACUCCACCCAGAUCCAGCCAGCGAACCAAGGCGCAGCGGAGACCAUAAAAAUGAGCGGCUCCCACCCCCGCCUCCAUCAGAGCGCCGCGCCCGCUCCCAACGCUCUCUCCUCGGACAAGGACGCAGAAAUGCCCGCCACGGAGAAGGACCUGGCCGAGGAUGCGCCGUGGAAGAAGAUCCAGCAGAACACGUUCACCCGCUGGUGCAACGAGCACCUGAAAUGCGUCAACAAGCGGAUCGGCAACCUGCAGACGGACCUGAGCGACGGGCUGCGGCUCAUCGGGCUCCUGGAGGUUCUGUCCCAGAAGAAAAUGUUCCGCAAGUACAACCAGAGGCCCACCUUCCGCCAGAUGCAGCUGGAGAACGUGUCGGUGGCGCUGGAGUUCCUGGACAGGGAGAACAUCAAGCUGGUGUCUAUAGAUUCUAAAGCCAUUGUGGAUGGGAACCUGAAGCUGAUCCUGGGUCUGAUCUGGACCCUCAUCCUGCACUACUCCAUCUCUAUGCCGAUGUGGGAUGAGGAGGAAGAGGCAGAUGACGGCAAGCAGAAGACUCCCAAGCAGAGGCUGCUGGGAUGGAUCCAGAACAAACUUCCCGAGCUUCCCAUCACCAACUUCAACAGGGACUGGCAGACAGGCCGGGCCCUGGGAGCCCUGGUGGACAGCUGCGCCCCAGGUCUGUGCCCUGACUGGGAUCAGUGGGAUCAGACCAAACCAGUGGAUAACGCCCGGGAGGCCAUGCAGCAAGCUGAUGAUUGGCUGGGCAUCCCUCAGGUUAUAACCCCAGAAGAGAUUGUAGACCCCAACGUGGAUGAGCAUUCAGUCAUGACCUACCUGUCCCAGUUCCCCAAAGCCAAGCUGAAGCCUGGGGCUCCUCUCCGGCCCAAACUCAACCCCAAGAAGGCCCGCGCCUACGGCCCAGGGAUUGAGCCGGUGGGAAAUGUCGUGAUGAAGAAGGCGAUGUUUACCGUUGAGACCAUCAGUGCGGGGAUGGGAGAGGUGCUGGUUUACGUAGAGGAUCCUGCAGGACACAGAGAGGAGGCCAAAGUGACGGCGAACAACGACAAGAACCGCACCUACUCUGUUGUCUACACCCCCAAAGUGAUGGGCAUGCACAAGGUGACGGUUUUAUUUGCGGGGCAGCAUAUUUCAAAGAGUCCCUUCGAGGUGGACAUCGGCAUGGCUCAGGGCAACUCCAGCAAGGUGACGGCCCAGGGCCCUGGCCUGGAGCCGUCGGGCAACAUUGCCAACAAAGCCACCUACUUUGAUGUCUACACAGCAGGUGCUGGUGUUGGAGAAGUGGAGGUUGAGAUCAUGGAUCCUGCGGGAAAGAAGAACACGGUGCCCUGCACCAUCGAGGACAAGGGCAACAGCAGCUACCGCUGCACCUACAAGCCCACCCAGGAGGGCCAGCACACCAUCUUCAUCACCUUCGCUGGCGGCCAGAUCAGCAAGAGUCCCUUCACAGUCGACGUGGGAGAAGCAUGCAACCCCAGCCUGUGCAGAGCGAAAGGUCGCGGCCUGCAGCCAAAAGGCCUGAGGGUGAAGGAGACGGCAGACUUUAAGGUUUACACCAAAGGAGCCGGCACCGGGGAGCUGAAAGUCACCAUCAAGGGCCCCAAGGGAAUUGAGGAGCCAUGCAAAAGGAAAGACCUCGGCGAUGGCGUGUACGGGUUUGAGUAUUACCCCACCACUCCUGGGACGUACAGCAUCACCAUCACCUGGGGAGGACAGCAUAUUCCCCGCAGUCCCAUUGAGGUCAAGAUUGGUUCUGAGGCUGGUCAGCAGCUAGUGAGAGCCUGGGGCCCCGGGCUGGAGGGAGGAGUUGUUGGUAAAUCUGCAGACUUCGUGGUGGAGGCUGUUGGCCAGAACGCCGGGACCCUGGGUUUCUCUGUGGAAGGUCCAUCCCAGGCCAAGAUUGAAUGUGACGAUAAGGGCGAUGGCUCGUGUGACGUGCGCUACUGGCCCACAGAGCCAGGCGAGUAUGCCGUCCAUGUGCUGUGCAACAACGAGGACAUCCAGCACUCGCCCUUCAUGGCUGAGAUUGUCAACGCUCCAGGGAAAGACUUCUACCCCGACAAAGUUAAGGCGUAUGGUCCUGGCCUCCAGAGCAGUGGUCUGGCUGUUGGAAAGCCCACAGAGUUCACAGUGGACACCAAACAAGGAGGAAAAGCUCCUCUUAAGAUUGUUGCUCAGGAUGGAGAGGGCAACCCUGUGGAUGUCCAGGUUAAAGAUAACGGUAACGGCACAUACACCUGCACUUACACACCACGGAAACCAGUGAAGCACACCGUCAUGGUGUCCUGGGGGGGUGUCAACAUCCCCGAGAGUCCAUUCAGGAUGAAUAUCGGUGCUGGUUGUCACCCGAACAAGGUGAAGGUCUCUGGACCUGGCGUGGCAAAGACCGGCCUGAAGGCCUUUGAACCAACAUACUUUACUGUCGACUGCUCAGAGGCUGGUCAAGGUGACAUCAGCAUAGGAAUUAAGUGCGCUCCCGGUGUGGUGGGACCAGCAGAGGCAGACAUAGACUUUGAUAUCAUCAGGAACGACAACGACACAUUCACUGUGAAAUACACUCCUCCUGGAGCCGGCAGCUACACCAUCAUGGUGCUGUUUGCUGAACAUGCCAUUCCCAUGUCACCGAUUAGAGUGAAGGUGGAUCCGUCUCAUGAUGCCAGCAAAGUUAAGGCGGAGGGACCAGGACUCAGCCGCAGCGGAGUUGAACUGAACAAACCCACUCACUUCACUGUGAACACCAAGGGAGCAGGAAAGGCCAACCUGGACUGCAGCUUCAGUGGGCCGACCAAAGCAGAGGCUGUUAAAGACUUUGAAGUCAUAAACAACCAUGACAACACACACACUGUCAAAUACACUCCUGUGCAGCAGGGUCCUCUGGGAGUUGCUGUGACUUAUGGUGGAGAUCAUAUUCCCAAGAGUCCCUUCAAUGUUGCUGUGGCUCCAACUCUGGACCUGAGCAAGGUCAACGUCACUGGACUAGGAGACAAAAUGACCGUCGGCAAAGACCAGGAGGUGACUGUCAAAUCAAAGGGUGCUGGCGGUCAGGGCAAAGUUGCCGCCAAGGUUACCGGACCUUCAGGAAAACCGGUCACUUGUAAGGUUGAGCCAGGGUUGAGCCCAGAGACCAGUCAGGUGAAGUUCAUCCCUCGUGAGGCAGGGCCAUACCAGGUGGAACUGACCUACGACGGAGUGCCCAUCCCUGGGUCACCCUACACUCCGACAGCUUACCCCCCUACUGACCCGUCCAAGGUGCGCUGCUCUGGCCCAGGCCUGGAGCGGGCCAAGGUCGGUGAGACCGGAGAGUUUGUAGUGGACUGCACCAAUGCUGGUCCGGCUGAGCUCACCAUCGAGAUCAUCUCGGACAGCGGCACCGAGGCCGAGGUUCACAUCCAGGACAACGGAGAUGGAACCUACACCAUCACUUACAUCCCGCUCUACCCGGGCUCCUACACGCUCACCAUACGCUACGGGGGCCAGGAUGUGCCAAACUUCCCUGCCCGCCUUAACGUGGAGCCAGCCAUCGAUGCCAGUGGAGUCCGUGUGUUUGGACCUGGAGUGGAAGGCAAAGGUGUAUUCCGUGACGCAACCACAGACUUCACCGUGGAUGCUCGUGCUCUCACACAGAACGGAGGCGACCACAUCAAAACUCGGAUCAGCAGUCCAUCUGGCAGCUGCCCGGAUGCCGUGAUCACAGACCACGGCGAUGGCAUGUACGCCGUGGAGUACACUCCCUAUGAGGAGGGCCCUCACAGUGUGGAGGUCUGCUACGAUGGCUCUCCAGUGCCCAACAGUCCAUUCCGUGUGGCGGUCACCGAGGGCUGCGAUCCGGCUCGUGUCCGUGUGCACGGUCCUGGCCUGAAGAGCGGCAUCACCAACAAGCCGAACAAGUUCAUGGUUGAAACCCGAGGAGCGGGAACUGGAGGUCUUGGUCUGGCAAUGGAAGGUCCAUCAGAGGCCAAAAUGUCCUGCACUGACAACAAAGAUGGCAGCUGUAGUGUGGAGUACAUUCCCUAUGAGCCUGGAACAUACAACCUCAACAUCACCUAUGGAGGACAGCCAGUCAAAGGAAGCCCCUUCUCCGUUCCAGUCAGCGACACUGUGGACAGCACUAAGGUGAAGUGUCAGGGUCCUGGCCUCGGCAGCAACGUCAGAGCCAACAUCCCUCAGGAGUUCACAGUGGACGCCUCCAAAGCUGGGGUGGCCCCUCUGCAGGUCCGCGUUCAAGGACCCAAAGGGGUCGUGGAGCCUGUUGAGGUGGUGGAUAAUGGAGACCAGACUCACACAGUCAACUAUGUUCCCACCAGAGAGGGACCCUACUCUAUCAAUGUCCUGUAUGCUGAUGAGGAGAUCCCACGCAGCCCGUACAAGGUGAAGGUCCUCCCGACCCAUGAUGCCAGCAAGGUGCGUGCCAGCGGACCCGGCCUCAACACCACGGGCGUGCCCGCCUCUCUGCCUGUGGAGUUCACCAUUGACGCCAAAGACGCAGGCGAGGGACUGCUGGCGGUUCAGAUUACGGACCCAGAGGGGAAGCCUAAGAAGGCAAAGAUCCGUGACAACCACGAUGGGACCUACCUGGUGUCGUAUGUACCAGACAUGACGGGCAGAUACACCAUCCUAAUCAAAUACGGAGGGGACGAGAUUCCUUAUUCGCCGUACCGUAUCAGAGCUCUCCCCACCGGAGACGCCAGCAAGUGCACCGUCACAGUCUCAAUCGGCGGUCACGGUUUAGGCGCUGGUGUUGGUCCAACUAUUCAGAUCGGUGAACAGACAGUCAUUACAGUUGACGCCAAAGCUGCUGGGAAAGGCAAGGUGACGUGCAGCGUGUGCACGCCCGAAGGGGCGGAGCUUGACGUGGACGUCGUCGAAAAUGAGGACGGCACCUUUGACAUCUUCUACACCGCACCACAACCCGGAGAGUAUGUAAUAUGUGUCCGUUUCGGAGGGGAGCACAUUCCCAACAGUCCGUUCCAAGUUACGGCUCUGGAAGGACCAUCAGACCAGCUCAUGCAGCAGAGACAAAUGCCCCAAUACUACACUCAACAGCCCUGGGCGACAGACAGACCAGUUGGGAUGAACGGCCUGGACGUGACAGGACUCAGACCUUUUGACCUGGUUAUCCCAUUUACCAUUCAGAAGGGAGAGAUCACAGGUGAAGUCCGAAUGCCAUCAGGCAAGGUGGCCAAACCCGACAUCACCGACAACAAGGACGGCACCGUAACCGUGAAGUACGGUCCCACAGAGGCCGGUCUGCAUGAGAUGGACAUUAAAUAUGAUGGCAUCCACAUCCCCGGAAGCCCCCUGCAGUUCUUUGUGGACUACAUGAACAGCGGGAAUGUCAGUGCUUACGGCCCUGGUCUUAUCCAUGGAACCGUGAACAAGCCGGCCGUCUUCACUGUUGACACUAAAGACGCUGGAGAGGGUGGUCUUUCUCUGGCCAUCGAGGGGCCAUCCAAAGCAGACAUCAGCUGCAUGGACAACCAGGACGGGACCUGCACAGUGUCCUACCUCCCUGUCCUGCCAGGGGACUACAGCAUCCUGGUCAAAUAUAACGACAAGCACAUCCCAGGAAGCCCCUUCUCUGCCAGAAUCACUGGGGACGACUCCAUGCGGAUGUCCCACCUGAAGGUGGGGUCGGCUGCUGACAUCCCUCUGGACAUCGGCGAGCUGGACAUCAGCCAGCUGACCGCCUCCCUCACCACGCCGUCGGGUCGCGAGGAACCCUGCCUGCUGAAGAUCUUGCGGAACGGCCAUGUUGGCGUCUCGUUCGUGCCGAAGGAGAUCGGCGAGCACCUGGUGAACAUCAAGAAGAACGGACGCCACAUCGCCAACAGCCCCAUCUCUGUGAUGAUCAGCCAAUCGGAGAUCGGCGACGCCAGCCGUGUGCGUGUGAGCGGACAGGGCCUGAGCGAAGCAAGGACCUUCGAGCCAGCAGAGUUUAUCAUCGACACUCGCGAUGCGGGAUACGGUGGCUUGAGCCUUUCCAUCGAGGGACCCAGCAAAGUGGACAUCAACACCGAGGAUCAGGAGGAUGGCACCUGCAAGGUCACCUACUGCCCCACAGAACCAGGAAAUUACAUCAUCAACAUCAAAUUUGCUGACCAACAUGUGCCAGGGAGCGCCUUCACGGUGAAGGUGACUGGGGAGGGCAGGAUGAAGGAGAGCAUCACCAGGAAGAAGAGAGCCGCUUCUGUUGCCAACGUGGGCAGCCAGUGUGACCUCAGCCUCAAGAUCCCAGAGAUCAGCAUAGCGGACAUGACGGCCCAGGUGACCAGCCCCUCAGGUCAGGUCCACAAAGCCGACAUCAUGGAGGGAGAGAACAACACCUACUGCAUCCGCUUCGUCCCCACCGAGACGGGCGUCCAUACGGUCUGCGUCAAGUACAACGGCAUGCACGUGCCCGGCAGCCCCUUCCAGUUUACCGUCGGGCCCCUGGGUGAGGGUGGAGCCCACAAAGUUCGCGCCGGUGGGCCAGGCCUGGAGAGGGCCGAGGCUGGAGUACCAGCCGAGUUCAGCAUAUGGACCAGAGAGGCCGGGGCCGGGGGCCUCAGCAUCGCCGUGGAGGGGCCGAGCAAGGCGGAGAUCACCUUCGAGGACCGCAAGGACGGUUCCAGUGGAGUGUCUUACAUUGUUCAGGAGCCGGGCGACUAUGAGGUGUCGAUCCGUUUCAAUGACGAGCACAUCCCCGACAGCCCCUUCAUCGUCCCCGUGGCCUCGCCGUCGGACGACGCCCGCCGCCUCACUGUUGCCAGUCUUCAGGAGUCAGGGUUGAAGGUAAACCAGCCAGCAUCGUUUGCCGUCAGCCUCAACGGUGCCAAGGGUGUGAUCGACGCAAAGGUCCACAGUCCCUCCGGCGCGCUGGAGCAGUGCUGCGUCACGGAGAUCAAUCAAGACAAAUAUGCAGUCCGGUUCAUCCCCAGAGAGAACGGCCUCUAUCUGAUCGACGUCAAGUUUAAUGGGAGUCACAUUCCAGGAAGUCCGUUUAAAAUCCGCGUCGGGGAGACGGGCCAGGCUGGAGAUCCGGGCAUGGUGUCCGCCUACGGACCGGGACUGGAGGGAGGCACCACAGGAACUGCAUGCGAGUUUGUAGUAAACACAAGCACUGCAGGCCCGGGGGCCCUCGCUGUGACCAUUGAUGGGCCCUCCAAAGUGAAGAUGGAUUGUGUGGAGUGUCCAGAGGGUUACAAGGUCACAUACACCCCGAUGGCCCCUGGAAACUAUCUCAUCUCCAUCAAAUACGGCGGCCCUUACCACAUUGUGGGAAGCCCCUUCAAGGCAAAGAUUACAGGUUCUAAGCUUGUGUCCAGCCACAGCAUGCAUGAAACCUCCUCGGUCAUGGUUGACCCCGUGACCCGCGCCAUCAGCAGUUCUCAGCAGGCGGCUCCCACUCAUUCAGAUGCCAGCAAGGUGACGGCGAAGGGCCCGGGCCUGACCAAGGCGUUUGUUGGUCAGAAGAACAACUUCUGUGUCGACUGCAGCAAAGCAGGUCGUAACAUGCUGUUGGUCGGAGUGGACGGUCCGAAGGUCCCCUGCGAGGAGAUCCUGGUGAAGCACAUGGGCAACCGCGUGUACAACGUCAGCUACCAGCUCAAAGAGAAGGGCGAGUACAUCCUGGUGGUGAAGUGGGGCGACGAGCACAUCCCUGGCAGCCCCUACCACCUCACUGUCUAACGGCCGCCGCAGCGACCCGGAGGUCCCGUCCACCUGGUGGCCGCUUACGGCUCCAAAGUCUUCCCAUUGUUGCAAAUUAAGAUUCCCUGUGUGGUAGCAGUUUAACUCAUGUGAGCCAGUUUGCUUGUUAUUCUUCACUGUAAGCCAGUCUAAAUAGCAACACAGUGAAUGCUUGUUAUUCUUCACUGUAAGCCAGUUUAAAGAGCAACACAGUGAAUGCUUGUUUCCUUCAGAAAAAGGGGGGCAGGGCGGAGACGGCCCUUUGAUCACUGUAAACUAUCACAGUAUUUAACACUUUCAGCCACGUGUUGACUUUAAAUUAGUGCAGAAUGCCAGAAUAUUGUAGUUGCAGGUUUUGGUCCCCAGCUUUAGAUGGAAGGUUACUGUUUACACUGGAGGAGCUCUUACAGACAUGAAAAAUGGGUUUAGGAGCUUCUAGAGGAGCAAUCACAGGACAAAGGUUUAUAAGUGACCCUUUUUUUUUUUUUUUUGGAUUAUUUUUGUGUUCCAGUGACAUUACUUUGACCUGUGUCUGUAUAAAACUCAGCCUGUCCGUUGCAGCGCGGCCCAGUCAAAGCUCACCCUCGCUCGGCUUUUACGAUCAUCCGUCAUCGUCUUUAAUCUGCUGCUAGUGUGAUCCAGUUUUACCCACUGCUGUCCUUUAGUAGUCAGGAAAUCAAAGGGUGUGCUAACACAUAUUUAGCUUUCUCUGAACACGGCUGCUGGAAGAUGACGCUUUGUGUGGCUACGUUAGACACCAGCGUGCGCUCCGCGUGUCCUUUACGAUUGGGGGAACUCUUUGGUUUAGAAACAGUUCUGAGUCGAUGAAAAAAAGGGAAGUUUUCAAACUUGUCGAAAGGGUUUAAAGUCAAAGGUGAUGCUGCGGUUUAAGUCUGUUUUGCAUUUCAGCCUCCAUUAGAGCAUACCUCUGCUUUGUGCCUUUAUCUGUAUUUUGAAGCUAAAUAACUGAAUUUUGUCCAAAAUAAAAAAAGGCUUUUAAAGUGAUUGUAAGACAGUAUUUUGAUACACAAUAAAGUAUUUUUCUCAAUCGAACAGAAA